AUGGGCAGUGACCCGCGGAUUCUGGCAGGAGGCCAGCGCGGAACGGGUGUAAGGCGUCGCGACGGUGUGGACGGGGUAGAUUCGUCCGAUUCGGCAAGCGAGGCUGACGGCGCGGAAGAAGCAGACGGCACGGAAGAAGCAAACGGCGCGGAAGAAGCAGACUGCGCGGAAGAAGCAGACGGCGCGGAAGAAGCAGACGGCGAGGAAGAAGCGGACGGCGCGGAAGGAGCAGACGGCGCGGGAGAAGCAGACGGCGCGGAAGAAGCAGACGGCGCCAUCCCGAUGGCGCGGGAUGGUGAGAGGGAGGAAGUGGCGGAAGAAGGGCGCGACGGAGAGAGCAAGGAUGCGGGAGGAAAUUGCUCGCCGGUAAGGAUGCGCGGAGGCGGCGCGAAGCGUCACGGGAACAUGACGACAGGGCGUUCGCCGGAAGACAUGCGCAGGGGAAGCGUGAGGCGCUGCGGGAGCACGGAUGCAAACGGAUUGGCAGACGAAGGGCGUGAAGAGGGCGCGAGGCACCGCGGGGGCGCGAAUGCAGACGGGUUGGCAGACGAAGGGCGCGGGGGCGCGGAUGCAGAUGGUACGGUGGACGAAAUAGGUGGAAACAGCGUGAGGCACUGCGGAGGCAAGGAUGCAGGUCGCUCGGCAGACGAAAUGCGAGGUGGCAGCGCAAGGCGCCGCGGGAGAGCGGAUGCAGACAGCUCGCCAGAACGGAUGCGCGGGAGUGGCGGGAGGCGCCAAGGGAACAUGGCGGCAGAGCGUUCGCCAGAGGAGGUGCUCGAGGGAGAUGCGAGGCGCCGCGGAACCGCAGCGGCAGACAUGUGGCUGCGCAGUGGGGGCAGGGACAUACGAAGGGAGCUAGUGAGUAAGGUGGGGGCAUGGGCGUGUAUGUCAGUAACACUAGCAGCAGCGGGAGCAGAGGAGCAGGACGAGCAGGCGGGGGCAGGAGCGUGCGUACCAGCAGCAGCGGGAGCGGAGGAGCGGGAUGAGCAGGUGGGGUCAGAAGCGUACGUACCAGCAGCAGCGGGAGCAGAGGAGCGGGAUGAGCAGGUGGGGGCAGAAGCGUGCGUACCAGCAGCAGCAGGAGCGAAGGAGCGGGAUGAGCAGGUGGGGGCAGAAGAGUGCGUCCCAGCAGCAGCAGGAGCGAAGGAGCGGGAUGAGCAGGUGGGGGCAGAAGAGUGCGUCCCAGCAGCAGCAGGAGCGAAGGAGCGGGAUGAGCAGGUGGGGGCAGAAGCGUGCGUGCCAGCAGCAGCGGGAGCGGAGGAGCGGGACGAGCAGGUGGGGGCAGAAGCGUGUGCAUUAGCAGCGGCGGAAGCGGGAGGGAAGAACGAGAAGGUGGGGGCAUGGUCGGGUGUACCAGUGGCAGCAGAAGCGGAAGGGAGGGAAGGGAAGGUGGGGGCACAGGCGGGCAUGACAGCAGUAGCAGAAGCGGAAAGCGGGGCAGUGAAGGUGGGGGCACAGGCGUGCAUGACAUCAGUAGCGGAAGUGGAAAGCGGGGCAGUGAAGGUGGGGGCACAGGCGGGCAUGACAGCAGUAGCAGAAGCGGAAAGCGGGGCAGUGAAGGUGGGGGCACAGGCGUGCAUGACAGAAGUAGCAGAAGCGGCAGGGAGGGAAGAGAAGGAGAGAGCGCAGGCGUGCGCAGCAGCAGCAGCGGAAACGGAAGAGGAAAGGAAAGAAGAGAAGUUGGGGGGCACAGGCCAGCAGCAGAAGAGGAAGGGAAGGAGAGAAGUUGGGGCACAGGCGUGUGCAGCGGCAGCAGCAGAAGAGGAAAGGAAGGAAGAGACGUUGGGGACACAGGCGUGUGCAGCAGCAGCAGCAGAAAAGGAAGGGAAAGAAGAGAAUUUGGAGACACAGGCGUGUGGAGCAGCAGCAGAAGAAGAGGAAGGGAAGGAAGAGAAAGUAGGGGCACCUGAGUGUGUAGCAGCAGCAGCGGAGGCGGGAGUGGAGAAUGAGGAGGGAGGAUGGGCAGGGUGGACUGCAAAGGAAGGAUCUAAGUGGACGGUGGGGGGGGGGGGCAAUGAGCGGGCAGGGGAGGGAGGGCAGAGGGAAGAAGGGAGGGAGGAUGAGUGCCGGGAGGAGAGGGCAGGCCAUGGGAGGAAACAGAGGAGGGGGCAGUGGUACGAGUGA